CCGGGAGCGCGUGAAGGGCGUGAUACGGUUCUGCAUUCAGCUCCGAGUGAAGCUCUACCUCCAGACCCUUUUAUAGGGAAGAUAAAACUCGGGGAAAUGACAUCGAGCACGCGGAAGUUUGUGUUUUCUGGCGGAGCUAGCUGGUUAGCCCAGUUAGCCUGUUAGCAAGAAAGCUUUUCUGUUUACAGUUGCAACUAAACCGAACUUUACCGGUUAUUCAGACAACAGAAAAAAAGUUGUUAACGGUUCCCACCGGAUUUCACCGCCUUGUUGUCACCGGAUGACAUAUCCGGCUAGCAGCGCUGCACCUGCGGGUUCUGAUCUUCGCCGGACUCGGUUCUUCGUCGCCAUGGGCCCCGUUGGAAGCCAGUGAAGCCCCGCGGGGAGCGACCACAGCCCCUCCGGCCAUGGGAGGAUGCGUGGGGAGGUACUGGCGAGGCUGGGACGAGUCACAGAGCCGAGGUUCGUCCGGGAACGGACGCAACGAACCUCUGAAAAGAGACCGUCCCAAAUGGAAGAGCGACUACCCCAUGACAGAGGGUCAGCUGCGGAGCAAAAGGGAUGAAUUCUGGGACACGGCGCCGGCCUUUGAGGGCCGCAAGGAAAUCUGGGACGCCCUGAAGGCCGCGGCCGUGGCGCUGGAGUGCAACGACCACGAGCUGGCCCAGGCCAUCGUCGAUGGAGCCAGCAUCACGCUUCCUCACGGAACUCUGACUGAAUGUUACGACGAACUCGGGACCCGCUACCAGCUGCCCGUCUACUGCCUGGCGCCCCCCAUCAACCUCAUCUCGGAGCGCAGCGACGAGGACGCCAACGAGAGCCCUGAGCUGUCUGCGACAUCCAAGAAAGAGUUCGUGCUGAAGGUGCGACUGUCGACGGGGAAGGACCUGCGCCUCAGCGCCAGCAUGGCCGACACCGUGGGGCUCCUGAAGAAGCAGCUCCAGGCCCAGGAGGGCAUCGACCUCCUCCACCAGCGCUGGUUCUUCUCCGGGAAGCUGCUGACGGACAAGACGCGGCUCCAGGACACCAAGAUCCAGAAGGACUUUGUGAUCCAGGUCAUCAUCAACCCACAGGCCCUGCAGAGUCCCAAGCCCCCCUCCCCCCUCCCCGCAUCUGAAUAGCACAGAUGCAUGCUGGGUAACUUGGUCUUAAGGACGGCUGCUGCAGAGUUUUGGAAAACAAAAAGUGUGAAAAGUGCUGCUCAGUUUCAGUGGGGUUUCUUCAUCCUCGAAACCAGUUAAAGAACAGCAGGGCUGCCGUGCACGCGGCCGUGCACGUGACCUGUCGGUGCUAACAGCAGCCUCGCUCCUGCUGGGAACGCCUCUCUGACGCUUUGCCUCUGCACUGCGACGCUCUUGUCCUGCAGAAAUGGGGGGGCCGAUUUAGUUUCCGUGACGACGUGAUGUUCACUCAGCAGUUUUUGCACAUUUGAAGCUGGUUUAUUUUGUGGUAGUCUGUGUGCCUUUACAAAACAAAAAAGAGAACUCUAGUUUUUAAAAACGGUCUAAAAACAGUUUUUUUUAGACUUUCUUAGCAUGAAUGUUGACGGUGAUGAGGGCGGCGAGCGGCGUGCACGGCGUCGCACGAGCCGGUCCAAAGAAGGGAAACGGCUUUCCUCGCCUCCCGUGGUUACAGCUAAGGUAGAUUCAUAUCGAGAAAUGAGGAUUGCAACAUCGGUGAUCACUCGUUUUACUGGAACUUUGAGGGAAAAACCCCUAAAGGCUGUUCAGAGGAAGCUGCCUCACUGAAGUGAAACCUCACGGGAAGAUAUUCUCGUCAGCCGAAGGGUUUCUGACUCCUUUAACACUAUUCAGAGGGAAUCGGCAUUUUCCUUCUGCUUCAUUAUGAAUAUCUCUUAUGUGGGAGAGACGGAAGCAGCCGCCGGCUCCUCUGAGCUCAUGAAUCUGUGUUUGUUUCUGCUCUCUGAAAAACCUAAAAAACAGUCGAUUGAUGUCAACUCUGCGGGUUUGAACUGUUCAGAUAAUCCUCCACUUUAGGGGAAAUGACUGAGUGGAAAUCCUGAAAACGGCUUCUUAAACCGGGAGUUUGGAGCGUAGAGGGCCGGAAAAAGGCCAGAAUAAUGCGAUGACUCACAUCCCAAAACAAAGAUUAAAGCCUGUGGAGCCGCUCCGACUCUCUGUCUGCAGCCUCCAAAUCCUCAAAGUGCUCCUUAAAGGGAUCUUCAGGUCUGCGUGAGACGAUCACCUUUGGUUUUUUUGCACAUUCUUCUCAGCUGUCGCUCGCCCUUUACAGAAGCAGCAGAAGUUUUGCUGGAAGUCUUGAAAGCUGCUUUAGAUUCCCGUCGGCGCACGUCAGAGUCGCUCAUUCUCAGGCCAAACGUCCGUCAGCAUUUCUUCACGACUCCUUUGGCUUUUGGAAGCUGUGAAUUUCACCGUCUGACUUUCCUUCUCUGCACUUUUAUGACUUAUUGUUUCAGUCGUGUUUAUUGUUGCUCUGCAGAUAAGUUGUGUUGUAAAAUCAGCCUGAACCUUCUUCAGCCGUCCUCUGCGGCCACUUGUUUGAACUCUGGCGGGGUUAGCGACGGCGGAUCAAACUGAAACAACAACGGAAAGCCAUAACAGCCGGAACGAUUCCUACACUUCCCAGAUUUGCCUUUCAGAACUACAAAUCAACUUUCCAGUUGUUUUGCCACGAAAAGGUUCAACAUGUCUAAGAUUGUUUUCUUCUCCUCUCUGUAAGUAAAGUGGAAAUAUUUUACUCUUAAGUUCAUUUAUAUGCUGUUUCGAACUGUUUAAUAAAUCAUAAUUAUUUUAAAAUA